CUCAUAGCCACCAUGGGGCCAGAGGUGACCAGCCUAUUGUUGCUAGGGCUGGUAUUUUGCUAUGCAAGUGAAAUUAAAACAGUAAGAAAAGCUAACCAUGGCCACUUUGUCUGCAGCACCUGGGGAAAUGACCAUUUCAAAACCUUUGAUGGAGAUUUUUACCAAUUUCCUGGGGUCUGUGAUUACAACUUUGCUUCAGACUGCCGAGAAAGUUAUAAAGAGUUCUCUGUUCAUAUCCAGCGUGAGCAGAAUGAUCAAGGUCACCCUAAUAUCAAAUAUGUUCUUGUUACAAUCAAAGAUGUUGCUAUUUACCUCACUCACAAGAUGGUUGCAGUAGAUGAGCAAAUGGUAAAGACUCCUUAUUAUGGUUCUGGUGUCCUGAUUGAGAUGAACAAUAUAUAUACUAAAGUCUAUGCAAAAGUGGGCCUAAUUCUGAUAUGGAACAAAGCAGAUGCUUUGAUGAUUGAGCUUGACUCUAAAUUCAACAAUUAUACUUGUGGCCUUUGUGGAGAUUAUAAUGGACAAAAUAUCUACAAUGAAUUUAUUUCAAAUGGAUUAAUCUACAACCCAAUCACAUUUGGAAACCUACAAAAAGUUAAUAACCCCACAACAACAUGUGAAGACCCUGAUGAGACAAAGCCUAUUGAACUGUGCAAGCAGCAUCGCGAAGAGUGUUUCGCACUCCUAACUUCACCGGCAUUUGCGGAUUGCCAGAAUCGCCUGAAUCUAGAAAAGUAUGUUCAAGCUUGUAUGCAGGACCGAUGUGCUUGUCAGCGUGGAAGUGACUCUUUCUGCCUCUGCAGUACCAUCUCUGAAUAUUCACGACAGUGUUCCCACGCUGGUGGCAGUCCUCAGAAUUGGAGGACCCCUCAGUUCUGCCCGAGGUCAUGUCCCAAAAAUAUGAUUUACCUGGAAAGUGGUUCCCCCUGUAUGGACUCCUGCUCGCACCCGGAGAUCAGCAGGCUAUGUGAAGAGCACUAUAUGGAUGGCUGUUUUUGCCCCGAAGGCACAAUAUAUGAUGAUAUCACAGGGAAUGGCUGUGUGUUGUUAAGCCAAUGCCACUGUAAACUUCAUGGAGAAAUAUUCGCCCCCGGUCAGAAAAUUUCCAAUGAGUGUGAAGAGUGCAUUUGUCAAUCAGGGAGAUGGCGAUGCGAGGAGUUACCAUGCCCAGGUACCUGUGCUUUGGAGGGUGGAUCCCACAUAACCACUUUUGAUGGGAAGAAAUAUACCUUCCAUGGAGACUGUUACUAUGUGUUGACCAAGGUGUGUGUGAAAUACUUCUCUUUGGAGGUUGCUGCUGAGUUUUGUCCAGACCAGUCCAUUAGGUUGGAACUAAAUCCGAGAGAUUUUUUUCCAAUGUUCUUUAUUUCCUUUUCAGAAUGUUCAUCCAAUAAGACAUAUUUUGAUUGCAACAACUUUGACUCUUGGUCUUCCCAAACACCAAUACAACUUAGUUGUCAAACACUGGGUACCGGUCAGUUCCAGACUGAAUGUAUGUCAGGAUGUGUUUGCCCUGAUGGCUUGAUUGAUGACGGCCAAGGGGGAUGUGUAGAAGAAGAUGACUGCCCAUGUAUUCAUAACCAGGCGUUUUAUCCCAAUGGAGAAACAAUAAGCGUUGGCUGCAACACAUGUACCUGCCAAAAAGGAAGCUGGAAAUGCACCAACAUAGUGUGUUACGGGACAUGUACCAUUUAUGGCAGUGGCCAUUUCAUAACCUAUGAUGGAAAAUUCUAUGACUUUGAUGGUCACUGUGAAUACGUGGCUUCUCAGGAUUACUGUGGCAAUCAGCAAGGAACGUUUAGUGUGAUCACAGAGAAUGUUCCCUGUGGAACGACAGGAGUUACCUGCUCCAAGGCCAUUAAAUUGUUUCUAGGGACCACCGAACUGAAGCUGCAAGAAAAACACAUUGAAACAAUUGAGCGGGGUAACUACAGCUCUAUAACUUACUGGAUUCGUGAACCAGUUGGGAUGUAUACAGUAAUUGAAGCCAGCAAUGGAGUGAUGCUCAUCUGGGAUAAGAAGACAACUGUUUUCAUCAAGCUGAUGCCAUUUCAUAAAGGAAAAGUCUGUGGUUUGUGUGGUAACUUUGAUGACAAAGCCAGCAAUGACUUUACAACAAGGAGUAUGGCUCAAGACACAGUCAGUGCCUUGGCAUUUGGAAAUUCAUGGAAAAAGGAUCCGGCUUGCCCUGAUGUAGAGGUGGUCAUUGAUCCCUGUGAGAUGAAGCCACAUCGGAAAUCUUGGGCAGAAAAAGAGUGCAGCAUUAUCAAAAAAGAUGUUUUUAAAGCUUGUCAUUCCAAGGUGGACCCAGAACCAUACUAUGAAGCUUGUGUACAUGAUUCCUGUGCCUGUGAUACUGGGGGGGACUGUGUAUGCUUCUGCACUGCAGUUGCUGCCUAUGCACAUGAGUGUGUCAAAGCUGAUGCGUGCAUCCACUGGAGAACUCCAGAUAUAUGCCCAAUCUUUUGUGAAUACUUCAAUCCUGAUGAAGAUAAAUGUCAGUGGCACUAUGAGCCUUGCGGACGUGAUAUUUUAACUUGCAAAAUCCUCAAUCAAGUCACCACCAACUUUUCAGUGUCAUUCUUAGAAGGUUGCUACCCACGAUGUGAUCCAGAAACUCCAAUCUACAAUGAAGAAACCAAUUCAUGUGGAACAAAGGAUACAUGUGGUUGCUACCAUAAUGAUACUUACUACCCACCUGGAAGUCUCAUCCCCAGUUAUGAACUGUGCCACACUUGUUACUGCAACUCAGCAGGAAAUGUGACAUGUAAACCUAAAAAAGAGUGUUGUGUUUAUGAUGGCGAAGAGUAUAGAGUGGGACAAAAUGUCACUUCCCCCACUAAUCCAUGUGUGUACCGAAUAUGCACAUUAAAUGGCACCAUGGAAAUUAGAUAUGAUGGAUGCACUUCAACUUCUCCACCUACAACCUCUCCCAGCACUACUACUCCUACCACCACCGCUACUACCACACCAAUGACUUCUACAACAGUUUCAACUACCAGCACUUCUACAAUAAGUUCAAGUAAGUACAAAACAUGUUUCAUUCAUUUUUUUUAAAUUUUAUUUUAAAGG